AUGCAAUAUUUUUAUUCUGAUUUAUCAUUUACAAUUGAUAGUACAGACUAUCUCAAGUCACAACCACCAAAUUUAGAUAUACCUAAAAAAUUUGGGACACAAUAUGUACGCCCGAUUGCCUAUGUGCGUGCAGUGCCUCG